GCGCGCAGCGCAGCGCCGCCAUGAGCGCGACGCUCGUGGGGUACAGCAGCUCCGAGGAUGAGGAGGAAGGAGGGGGGGGGACGCGGGGCAGCCGCCGCCUGCCCGUCCCCGAGUGCGUGCUGGCCAUGUUCAGCGAGGAGGAGCGGGAGGAGAAGCGGGACGACAGCUCUCGGCACGGCGGCCGCGUGCGGUGCUUCCCACACGAGCGGGGCAGCUGGGCCACGCACGUGUACCUGCCCUACCAGGCCCAGGAGGAGUUCCUGGAGCUGCUGGAGCUGCUGGUGUCCCACGCUCGCACCUACGUCCCGUCCCUCACUGCCAUGGAGGAGUUCCACGUCAGCCUGUCGCAGAGCGUGGUGCUGCGCUACCACUGGAUCAACCCCUUCACGCAGAGCCUCAAGGAGCGCCUGGCCUCCUUCCACAGGUUCUUCUGUGUGGCUGACCGAGUGAAGGUGUACACCAACCAGAACAAAACCAGGACCUUUGUAGGUUUGGAAGUCUCUACUGGACAUUUCCAGCUGCUGGAAUUGGUCUCAGAGGUGGACAGGGUUAUGGAGGAAUAUGACCUCCCCGUAUUUUACAAGGACCCAUCGUUCCACAUCAGCAUGGCCUGGUGCGUCGGGGACCUGAGUGGCAGCCUGGAGGGGCAGUGUCUGCAGGAGCUCCAGGACAUUGUGGACAGGUUUGAGGACUCGGCGCGCAUUCUGCGUGUCCAAUGGGAACAAAUCCGCUGCAAGUCAGGCAACAAGUUCUUCUCCUUCCCCUUGAGGUAGGACCUGAUGGGGCUGUGCAUCUCAGAGCCCAAAGAAAGACCUGCUGUUCAACAAAGAGCCGUUCUCCAGCACAGCGCCAAACACUGGGGGCAGCCACACGCCUCCCACGCUCUUCUUGUCUGCUCAGCAGCUCUGGGAAGUUUGUGGUCUCAAGCCACGCAACUUCCAAGUCUGAGUUGUUGGCUAAAGAAAUGUGUGUUUGCAGAUUUCUUACAGCGGCGUGCUGUCAGCAGCCAGGAUGUGCUGCUGUCAGCAUUGGUGGCUCCAGUCAGAGCUGCUAAUUUUGCUGAUUUUAAGAAAGAAAAAAAAACAACCCUCUCUAAAAGCCGUAGAUGCCUUCUGUUUAGGAGAACGGAGGUCGCGUGGGAAGCGGUUGCUGAAGGCAGCUUGUCUCGCGCAGUUGGAAGUGGCACUGUCAUUGUCUGGGAGGCUCAGGGCUGACUGCUGAGCUCAGUUGUAGCUCUGAAAAACAAGAAGGCAGGGAUGCAGCAGGGCAUCUCCCUACCGUAACGCAGCCCACAGAAACUCCUGGGUCACAUCUGCGGCCCUCUCACGCUGCUGCUGCUGCCUCUGCAAAUUGCAGUAUGAGAUCCCGUCGCCAAGACUGAAUCGUGCCGAUUGCAUCUCGACGGAGAGGCUUUACAACGACGACUUUGAGGUUAUUUGAGUCAGAAGGCCGUGUUCGCAGGGCUGUCCCUGCCGUCGCGUUACGGCGAGCCCAAGAGAGGGCACUGUCGGCUCUCGCACCGCGGCCCGGUGGGCGUUCUCGCUCGGUCGGGGGGUGGCACGGGGGCUUCUCCAUAAAGCGGCACCCACCGCGCUGGGCUGUCCCUGCGCUGCCCGUGGGCGGACUUUUGUCCUCGGGAAAAGGCCCCUUCUGUCCUUUGUUCCUGCUGCGCUGCCCUCCAUCUUUCGUUCCGCGUUUAUUGAUGAAAGACUGCCAGAGUCCUUCCGGGCAGUAAAACGCGUCUCACAGCGUUGUUUCUGUGCUACAUCUGAGCCGCUCUGCCUCUGAUGCGCCGUCGGCUCCGAACGAGGCGAUGCCCGCGGCGCUCCUGGGAGCGGAGUGCGCGAAGAGCAUCGCCGCGCGGCGAUCUCCCCGUGCCUGCCAGCCGCCCCGCAACUGCGGGUUUUACAUUAACCGAACUCCCGGGGGCAGCGGGAGGGAGAAGAGGCAAAAGCGGCGCGUCGGCUGGUUACAAACAACCCCGUCCUCGC